GGCAUAGAAAAAGUGAGGUUAUGUGUGUCAUUCAAAUGAAAUGUCAUUUACAAAAGCUGUAGUUUGUUGAACACACAUUUGUCGUAAAUAUUCUCGAAUUUUUUUUGAUGUGAUUGCCAAAUAUUACGUGAAAAAACGAUAAAUUUAACGAAAAUAUGUUGCGUGUACUUGUGAAUCGACUGAGGACAGCGUCAGCACUAACACAAUUAAAAUUCACAACAACCGAUACGCCUUGCCGCAAGUAUACAACAAAAAUGGUUCGUGAUUUUUCCUAUCCAGUUGCACGUCGCGAUGAGAGUGUCGCCGAUGAAUUUCAUGGUACAAAAGUGAACGAUCCGUAUCGAUGGCUCGAAGACCCCGAUUCUGAAGAGACGAAACAAUAUGUCGAGGCGGAAAAUAAAAUAGCGCAACCAUUUUUGGAAAAUUGCGAUAAAUGGAAGAAAAUCAAUGAAAAAUUAACCGCACUUUGGAACUACCCAAAAUACACUGUACCUGAUCGACAUGGAAAAUACUAUUAUUCUUAUCAAAAUACGGGACUACAGAACCAAAAUGUUUUGUACAAACAAAGUUCAUUAACUGAGGAGCCAACCUUGUUCUUCGACCCAAAUACGCUGUCAACCGACGGCACCAUUGCUCUGUCGGGCAAGGCAUUCUCGGAAGAUGGCAGCUUGCUCGCAUACGGUCUCAGUGAAUCCGGAUCCGAUUGGAUCAAAAUCAAAAUUCGCAACGUUGAAACCGGUGAAGAUUUCCCGGAUCUCUUGGAACGAGUGAAAUUCUCGUCGAUGACAUGGACACAUGACAAUAAAGGCCUUUUCUACUGUCGCUAUCCCGAUCAAGAAGGCAAAACUGAUGGUUCGGAAACCGUAAUGAACGAAAAUCAAAAGUUGUACUAUCAUCGCGUCGGUGAAUCGCAGGAGAAAGACGUUCUGGUUGCCGAAUUCCCAGAGAAUCCAUCAUGGCGAAUGUCAACCCAAGUUAGUGACUGUGGUGUAUACUUGAUUGUGACUGUCGUUAAGGCAUGCCGUGACAAUCUGCUGUACUUCGCCGAUCUGGAAAAGAACGGUCCAAUCACCGGAAAAAUUCCACUCACGCCAAUUGUUACCAAAUUUGAGGCUGAUUAUGAUUAUAUUACCAACACUGGCUCAAAGAUGGUGUUCCGCACAAACAAGAAUGCACCAAAUUACCGUCUUAUUGUGAUUGAUUUGAAUAACUAUACCGAAGAGAACUGGGGCACUCUCAUUGAGGAAGAUCCAAAGGACGUAUUGGAUUGGGCUCAUUGCGUUGAUAAGGAUAAAGUUGUGACCGGUUAUCUGCAUGAUGUGAAGAGCGCUUUGCAAGUGCAUUCACUUGAAACGGGUAAGCUGAUUCGCAAGUUCCCGCUUGAAAUUGGCCAAAUCGUUGCGUUCAGCGGUGAUAAGAAGUACACCGAAGUCUUUUACCAAUUGGUGUCAUUCUUAACGCCUGGCACAAUCUAUCGAUAUGAUUUCGCAACACCCGAUGUCGAGCCAACUGUAUUGCGCGAAGUCAAGUUGAAUUUGGACGGCUUCGACAAGAACAACUUCAAAGUGGAGCAAGUGUUCUAUCCAAGUCGUGACGGCACAAAAAUUCCAAUGUUCAUUGUGCAAAAGAAAACGGAAUCAAAAGCGCCAAAGCCAUGCUUGCUCUACGGUUAUGGUGGAUUCAAUAUCUCGUUGCAGCCAACAUUCAGCGUGAGUUUGUUGUUUUUCAUCGAUGCAUUCAAUGGUAUUUUGGCAUUCCCAAACAUCCGCGGUGGCGGUGAAUAUGGUGAAAAAUGGCAUAACGGCGGUCGCUUGCUCAACAAGCAAAAUGGAUUCGAUGAUUUCCAAGCGGCAGCUAAGUAUUUGGUUGAACAUAAAUACACUGAACCCAAGAGAAUUGCCAUCCAAGGUGGUUCAAACGGUGGAUUACUGGUCGGUGCUUGCAUCAAUCAACGACCAGAACUCUUUGGCGCUGCUGUAGCUCAAGUCGGUGUUAUGGAUAUGCUUCGAUUUCACAAGUUUACCAUUGGUCAUGCAUGGAUUUCCGACUACGGUAACCCAGAUGAGAAAGAACAUUUCGAUAAUCUGUACAAAUUCUCACCGGUACACAAUGUACGAUCGCCAAACAGUACUGAAAACCAAUAUCCAUCAACACUUAUCCUAACGGCCGAUCACGACGACCGCGUCAGUCCAUUGCAUUCCUUGAAAUUUGCAGCCGCCUUACACAACGCUGUCAAAGACAACGAAUUUCAAAAGAAUCCAAUUCUGUUGCGAGUUUACAGCAAAGCCGGUCACGGUGCUGGCAAACCAACUGCCAAGAAGAUCGAAGAAGCCACCGACAUCCUUACCUUUUUGUACCAAGCUCUUCAUAUCGAUGUCGACAUUUAAUUAACUAUAAGCUUUCUUUUUUUUAUCAAUUUGCCAAGUCUUUUUUUUUUAAUGAAUUGAAUCGAAUUUUCCAACAGAAAAAAUGCAACACAAUUAAGUAUUCAGUAGCAUGUUUUGGAAGUUUUCCGUAUUUGCAGUCAGUUUAAUAAACGAAAAUAAGUCAACAUUGAAGAAAGUUCAAAAUUGAAAUGAAUAUAAUUCAACCUUAAUUUUAUGAAAGAAAAUGCUGCGUAUUGAACCCAGUUUCUGUUGGAUAACAAGCGUUUUAAAUUCGACCAUCAAAAUCUACAGGAAAAAAUAAAACUUAAUGUGAACCUUCGAACCUUUCAAAAGGCCAUUUCAUAAAAAAAUUUAACAUCAUUUGUUGUUCAAUAAAGAAAGAUCUUUUCAAAUGAAUAAAA